AUGCCUUUUCUCCCCUUCUCCUCCCCCAUCCCCGAGGAAGGGUGGCACGUAGGCCACAUAACCUCAGACUACAGCGAGCGCAACGAAGCCGUAGAGCAGCAAAUGCUCCACGGCGGCGCACCCAACGGCGCACCCAACGGCGGCGGCAACAAUCGGCAUGAGUACCACCUCGAGCCCGCGUCCCCCUCCGCAGCCGAUUACUACCCGAUGCUGGACGUCGUUGUUGAGCAAGAAGAAGGGCAACAAGAAGAGAUACGCUACGAGAUGCACUCAGGUGACCAAGAAUUCCAAGACUGCCGCGGGGAAGACACCUCCAAAGAAGUGGAACAGGAGUUCCCCCAUCAUCACCUGACAUAUGUCUGCUACCCCAUGCGGGCGCCGGAUAGACUCCGUCGGGGGCGUAACGAUGCGGCGGGGGACGGCGGGGGGCUGGGCACUAACAAGUUCCUUCGACCUCCGGUGCCUGGGCGGGAGGGAAUCGACGAGGACUUCCCGGAUGGGUUAAAGCUGAUUUUCGUCAGCUGGCUCAAGAAAUACGACCACGACGGAUGGUCCGAGCAACUGCUGCGUAAUCCGGCGUUGUUGCUGCCCAGCCGCGUGCGGACUGCGCACGAGGGAGAUGUGCCGGGCGAACUCGCGUUUUGCGAUCUUCCGGGCCCCGAAACGCUGCAGUUCCGGUUCUUGUUCAGCCCGCACCUGACGAGUCUGCCGCAGACGCACGCGUUCCAGCUGAACGGCUGGCCCGGAGAGAACGUGACGCAUUUCGGCAAGUACUACAAUGGGCAGACUGUGGAGAAGUUCAUUGAUAUGUACAAGACUGCCCAGGAACCGAUCCCGGAGGCCAUGAUUUGGCAUGUCAUUGCGCAGGUUGGACGGGCGUUCAAGUUUAUUCAUACGGGAAGGACGAUGCCGGAUAAGACGCAGCCGAGGGGGUCCGUCAGGGGACCGCCGAACGAGGGAGAGGAGGAGAGGGAGUGGAUCGACAAAGAGGAGGAGAGGGCGGCGAACUGGACGCCCACUGCGCAUUACGAUGCGCAUGCGGCCAAUGUUUGGCUGCAUUUCGUGACGCAGUAUGAGAGGGAUCACGAUGGGGAUCGGUGUCUGGAGCACUUUGAUGAUUGUUUUCCGCAGGUCAUCUUGGGAGAUUUUGGCCUGGCGGUGAAUGAGAACAGUCGUGCCGGUCACAUAUGGUUCGGCAUGAACGAUUGUCCAAAUUUGCCCGACAGGGAAACGUGGAAGGAUAAGGCCGAGUUUGGCCUGAUGCUGCAUCAUUUGCUCCUGGCCGGCCGCAAGGAUGUGCCCAAGUUUACCACAGGAGCAAUCCCGGAGAACUGGGCUGAGCAUUUUGGUGGGUGGCUGCGUGAUCAUUACUCGUGGGAGCUGAUUGACGUGGUCAAGCGGUUUAGUUACCUAGCGAGAUUGGCCGACCGAGGCCGAAUGGCAGAGAUCGGGUUCCAUAACGUGAUGAGACCGGAAUACGAGAGGUGGCAAGACGGGUGGACGUUCGAUCUGGCGCCUUGUAAUGACUGGUUCCAUAACUCCAUGAUCGAUCUGGCUGAUCGGGAGGUGGACAAACGGCGUGAGUCCCGGGAGGGCGUCGACAGCGUGAGGUGGGCAACGGGGCAGCGGAUGAGCAACAUGCCGUACCAGGUCCCGAACAGAACCAAGUAUAGCCAAAAGAUGCGUCGUCUCAAUCCCGAAAACUCUGAGGGCGCCAUUCAAGUGUUCGCUGUUCCGGUAGACGGUAAAGAGACACUGCGCAGCAAGGCGAGGACUAUCUACAACCGUAAACUCCGAAGACCCAUCACUGGGGCCUUCUACCGUCACCCGCCUGACCCGCCUGACCGUGUCGACAAGGAUAAGCUGUGGGUGAGCAAGACGUACAGGUUAGAAAGAAUCCGGUACCGCAAACACCAGGCCAUCAGAAUCGAAUCCGAUCUCAAGAAGAAUCAGUUUACCCCGCCGCCGACUCCUCGUGAGGUUGAAGACGUAGAGAUGAGAAUGUUUGAAGACCCGUGGGAGUCUCGGAUGCUGCGAUGGGACAGCGAUGACGAGGACGAGGACAAGGAAGAGGAAUAA